AUGGAUGUUGAAACGCAUACUGUGUACCUAGCUCUAGGCUAUGGCCACCCCACCACCAAAACCGACGUGAACGGUGCCUGGAGUCUGCCAGGGUUCGUCUGCGACUUUUACAUAGCCAUGGACGUGACGUGCAGCACGAGCUCGAUUUUCAAUCUCGUCGCCAUUUCCGUGGACAGAUACAUCGCGGUGACCCGGCCGAUAAAAUACGCCAAGCACAAGAACAAUAGGAGGGUGUGGCUGACGAUACUGUUCGUUUGGGUGAUAUCGGCAGCGAUCGGCAGCCCGAUAGUCCUGGGGCUGAACAACACCCCCGACAGGGUGCCGGACCUCUGCCUGUUCUACAACUCGGACUUCAUUAUCUAUUCCAGCCUCUCCAGCUUCUACAUACCCUGCAUCAUCAUGGUGUUCCUAUAUUACAACAUAUUCAAGGCGCUGCGAAACCGGGCGAAAAAGGCGCGGGCCGCCCGCAAGCCCAAUUUAGGGAUGAUAAAACCCGGAAGCAUAAUCGAGAACAUCGCUCACACUCGCAGGUUUGCGGAAACUGCACUGGGGGCAGCCGCCCUGGUGGCUCCAGGCCUCGAAGAGCCCACGAACACCGCUUCCGGAAGCAACGAGGACGAGGACGAGACGCCCCUCGACCCGGUCGUCGUCAUCUCCAACGACAAGAGCACGGAGUUCUUCCUGGCCACCGUCGUCGAGGAGGCUGCUUGCCGUUUCAGUGCGGUGGCUCAGGCUCAGUUGGGUACCCAAAACGUAAGGAAGGACUCCGGUUACGACGCCGCGGCCAGCAGCGCGGUCGUCCACGAAAAUACGGAGGCAAAUUCUAGUCCAAGUCCGAGUCCUAACCCGAAGGUGGCGUCGGCGCCCUCGUCUUCAACGUCGACGUCCACGCCACCCAGGGGCGAGACCAGCGUCGGCUCCCAGGCCAAGAGGAACGGCAGCAGCGCCGGCAAACAGGAGCUGAAGAGGCUCAAAAGCGCCAGUUCUCUUCUGCCCUUCCAGCUGAGCCGAUCUCCCAGCGGCAAGUCAGGGUCGUCCUCGAAGAAGGACCAGAAGAACUCCAACACCAGCUCCAAGCUGACCAUCUACAAGGCCAAUAAGGCCAGCAAGAAGAAGAGGGAGAAGAGCUCCGCGAAGAAGGAACGUAAGGCCACCAAAACCCUCGCCAUCGUCCUCGGAGUGUUCCUAAUUUGCUGGGUACCCUUCUUCUCCUGCAACGUGAUGGAUGCGAUUUGCACCAAACUGGACUGGGAUUGCCAGCCGGGGUUGACGGCGUUCAUCGUCACCUCGUGGCUGGGCUACAUGAACAGCUUCGUGAACCCCGUCAUCUAUACCGUCUUCAACCCCGAGUUUCGGAAGGCGUUUCGAAAGCUGAUCAGCGUCUAG